AUGGCAACCAGAUACCCCGGCGAAAGCCUCUGGACCAACCUCCCUCCUCCCGCCGAAUGCCUCGCCAUCCUCGUCGGCUGCGCCGAAUUAAUCGUCAGCGGCAUAGGCGGCCUCUCCGACGCAUCAGCAUUUGGCAAAAGCUACGGUGUAGAAAUUGAUACUCCAUCAGCAGUAGCAGAAAACAAAGAAGCUCCUCCGCUGACUCGGAAUCAAAAAACGCAAAAAGCACUCGUACAAGCGAUUUCCUUUCGCAAUAUUCAAAAUGGAGCACUGAUUCUCACGUUGGCUUGCUAUACACGAGAUCGGAAAGCGUUGGGGUUCGCGGUGCUGUAUGGUGCGAUGAGCUCGUUGGCGGAUGCGGCGAUUGUGAAAAAGUAUGGGAUUCAGGAGUUGGCGGGGGCACAUGGGGUGACAAUGUUGAAUUAUUUGAUGGUCGGGGGGUCGUUGUUGUAUUGGGCAAGGAAUGAUCCGUGGCCGUUUGUAGGGAAGGCGUGA